UUUUUUUCUUCUAAUCUAAGUGCUCCUCUUGAAUUUAUAGUUGGGUGUAGCCUUUUUGUUUCUCACAAACAAUAUUUUUUUAACUGUGUUUACCAAAUUUGACGUUUCUUGAUAAAGUAUUGCGCAAUAAGUAACGGACCAGUCAUAAAUUUUUCGAAUCAACAAGCCAAAGUUUUAACACUGCAGUAGUUACACUACUACUUGGAAUUGUAACAAGCCAGGCGACGUAAAAAUAGGAAUUCAAGUUUUGUGCUAAUUUUGAACACUUCAAGACCUCAUAGUUUGUUGUUCAUUACACAACAAUGUCGGUGGUGAAAGAAGGCUAUGUCAAACGACAUAGCAAGAGUUUGUUCUCAGGUGGUUGGAAUGACGUCUACCUGAAGCUUUACUCUGACAGCAAUCUCCUGGCAUACAAGAAAAAAGGCGACAUGACAGCAAAAGUACAGAUUUGUAUGAAAAAUGUAUGCAAACACUUUGCAUUUGGGGAGCAUGUACAGAACAACUUCAAAGACAUUCCUCAGCUGCCCUCAGGGUCGAGCAUCUCAUGUUUGAUAGCUGUCCCCGAGAAACCAAGCCAUAAAGCAAAGCCACACUACUUCCUUAUGAACAAUGAGCAGCAGUUACAUGAGUGGAUGUCAGCAAUCAUUUCUACUCUCCCUUCCCGACCCCAGAGCAACCAGUCUGGCCCCUCACCGCCUCAGCCUCAGGGUCCUAUCCAGCCCCAGCACCCCCAAGGGGUUUAUUCCCCACCUCCUUACAGCUACCAGCCAGGCCCGCCACCUCCUGGAGGCAUGCCUAUGCCUCAACCCAUAGGUUUUGGAGGAUAUGCCCCCGGUCCUCCACCAACAAGUCAGCCCGGCCCUUAUCCACCCCAACAGGGGUACCCACAACAACAGGGAUACCCCCAGCAACAACCGUAUCCACAGCAACAAGGGUAUCCACAGCAACAGGGUUACCCACAACAGCAGUACGGAGGUUAUCAGCAACAACCCUAUGGGUAUCAGCAACCACCCCAGGGCUAUGCAGGAGGGUAUGCCCAGGGCCCGCAACAAAAUGUUGCGUAUGCCACUGAUCACCAUAGGAAAAAGAAAGGUGGCCUUGGAGGAGUUAUGGGCAGUAAUACAGGCAAAAUGGCUGCAGGUCUGAUUGGUGGUGCGGCACUGGGGUAUGGAGCCAGUCGUAUGAUGGGUGGUGGCAUGGGUGGUUUUUUGGCAGUCCGUUUGGAAUGUUUGGCAUGGGUCGAUGCGGCAGUUGGAGCUCUAUGAGUAGUUUUGGAAGUUGUGGCAGUUUUGGCAGUUUCGGUAGUUUUGAUUAAAAGAACUUUCGGCGUAACUAGGAAAUAAGUGUUUCUUUUUAUCAGAAUCUCCUACGCAAGUUAAACUAUUAUAAUUCAUGUAUACAGGUAUGGUUUGGAUGCGCUCUGGAUGAUGCUGUGAACUGAAUUUUUGAGAAUUCAAUUUUCAAAUAAGUUCAGUUGAACCCCAUUUGCUCAAAUUCACAGUGACUGGCAAUAAUACCUUGAGUCUCAGAAAAGUCGAUCUAAUUGAGAUUGCUCACAUUCAGUUGAAAGAAAUCAGUCCUUUACAUCCAGUUUGAGCCGACAAGGAAAUGGAGCCAAGUGAGUUCGAGCCAAUGCGGAUUGACUGUAUAUAGAAACUUAAUGAACAGUAGUGUCAUAUAAAGAAUAAGGCUCAUGUAUUUAUGUUAUUAUUUACAGAGGGUAGAGAUUUAGAAAAGUUCAUGUUAUAGUUAUAUAAUAAACACAUGCACAUGUAUACUUGCCUAGCAAUGUGGGCAACUUGUAUUCUUAUACAGAAAUAAUGAUGAUUCAUACAGUUUACAACUUAGAUGUACAGUGUGCCAGUAGUUUUAAAUUAUUGUGACCGGAGAUCUGUUAAAAUAAUUAUGUUAAAAGGAUGGGGAGUUUUAUAUGGGGGUUUUGUUCAAGUUUGCACAAAAACAAAAUACAUCAAGAUACAAAUGUUUCUCACUAAAUAGAGGUACAAUGUUUUCUCACAAAAAAAAAUGUGAUAAAAAAAAUAUUUACAAAAAUCGAUAUAAAAAAAAUUCUCACAAAAAUCGAUAUAAAAAAAAACGAGAUACAAAGUUUUCUCACAAUAAUCAAUUUAAAAAAAUUUCUCACAAAAAUCAGGAUACUAAGUUUUUUCAUAACUCGAGAUACAAAGUUUUCACAUAAAAAUUGAGAUGCUCAUAUCCUUGUAGAUUACAUGUAUGAAGCUUUAUUUGAAAUAUUUUGAACAAUUGAAUUUGAAUGACAAUUCGAAGGUUUUUUCCUGUAAGUAGUUAACAAAUUGCAUUAUUUGUUUACCAUUUGUAAAAUAAUUUACUCAUACUAAGUAGAUUUUGACAUAAAUGAAGUUUCUUUAUACUAAAUGUCUUUACAGGUCUGGACAGAUGCAAUAAAAUUGAAUGGGAAGGCAUAGUUAGCCAAAAAAUAUAUAUUAAUUUUAUUGAUGAAUCAAACAUCAAGUAAAGCUCAUCCUCUAUAUAUACUCAUACAUAAUGAUAUUAAAGUAUUAAUGGUAUUAAAAUGUUUGACACAUGACAACAGUGAAGUACUAAUAAUAUUUAACAUAUUUGACGUAUGACAUUUAUUUACCCAAAUCAAUCAUUUAAAUGUGAAAUCAGGAGAAAUUUAAACAUGAUUCAUUUGUAUCAACACAUUCAAUGUGAUUGGGCAAUAAGAUUAACCUCAGAAAAUUAAGCAUUUCAAUUAUUAUUUGUUAGACAACUUUGUGUGUUAAAUUCAGGUUGUAGCGAUAGGAUUAUACUCAUGACUUGGUCAGCGGCUCACACCUAUGUUAUAUUAUAAGCAUGAUCAUGUUUACCAACUUCGCUCAUUUUUAGCUCGUCUGUUUUUCGAAGAAAAAAAGUCGAGUUAUUGUGAUAGCCUUGGCGUCGUCGGCGUCGUCUGCGUCUGCGUCUGCGUCUGCGUCGUCGUCCAAAAACUUUAACCUUACCUCAUAACUCAGACGAGCGUUGGCACCCACUCCGCGGUGCUCUUGUUAUAUUUGCAUUUCAUUCUUUUAACAUUUAAGUAUAUUAAGAUGAUAUGUAUCAGUGUUUUUUACUACUUUUUUGGUUUUAAAGUUAUUUGUAGUGCUACACAAGUCCAGUAUACAUGUAUAUGUACCAAUGACAUGUCCUUUAAACAUUAUAUUAAGGCUUUAAAAAAAAUGACAUUUGUUUCAGUGUUUGAUUGCAUUUAUUUUAACUUGUGAAUUUGGUAAGUGAGUAUUUCACUCCUGAAAUAUAAUCUAUCACCAAUGUUCAUUUAUGUUUGGUUUUUACUUGUAUUACAUUGAUAUGCAUGCCCCAGUGAUUUCAUUGUCUGCGACUGCCAUCUUGCGAAAAUGUACUCCCCGGAGGUAGCGAAUGGAGUAGCCUCCCUUAGAAAUGAGAGAAAUGUACUCCUCAGAAGUAGAGAAUGGAGUAGCCUCCCUUAGAAACGAGUAAUCGGAAAGGCCAAAAAUAAGACAAUGGAUGUGUGUAUUUAAAUUAUAUAUCAAAAGCUAAGUACAUAUAAACAUGUAUACCAAAGUUCUCAAAUUUUACUAGGGAUCACCUAAGUCUUCUCCUAACAUAUCAUUACAAGGCAUUGUACAAGGUAUUUUUGGAUAAUUUAUGGGUUAUUGUUAAUAAUAGAUGACAACUAGUGUUCAUCAACUUUGACCUUCACCUUGACCCACUGACCUCAAAUCUGCCUACCAAGUUUGAGGUCUCUCGGCCAUAUUUGUCAAUCUGUCAAGAAACUGGUACAGAAAUACAAUACAUAAUAAACCAGAAUCUAUGACAUAUAUAUGUUAAUCAUUCAAUAAUGCCAAGGACCACAAUUAAAAUUUGACUAUUGAAAGAGUUAUAGAACCUAAUGGUUAACCUUUAUUUUCUGGGCUAUUCCAUUUAAACAUAUUACCCCUGGGGGGGGGGGGGGAAGGCAAUUUAAUAUUAUGCCACCCCUCUACAUGAGCAAAUUUACCCUUUUGGGUCCAAAUUAGCGAAAAUAGACACCCACCCAUAUAUUAUUCCCCCAGGGGUUAUAUGUUUUACUGGAAAAGCCCUCAGUAACAUUUAAGUCUAUGACAAUAAUAAGAAUUGAUUAAUGUGUUUUUGAUACUCCAUAUUCGAAAUUUAGUUUUAUUGUUUUUGAUCCAACAAAGCAUUGAUUGUGUCUAAUAAGUAUUGCCUUGAUUAAGGCCAGUAUAGUAUAAAACAGAAUUGUAUAGUUCCUUUAACACAUGUAUAUUUCCUUACCAGAAUAAUUGGCGGUAAUCCUUAGAAUAAAAUGAGUGCUGGUAGUACAACUUAUAAUAGAGUUUGUUCUGCAUACGCAAAAAAGGCUUGAAUUUAUACCUCAAUUCUCUUGUUGUGUUAAAAUAAAAUUUUAAUUUGUUGUGACUAUUUGUUAAGCGGCUUAUUUAUCAUUAUUUGUACAUCUAUAAUAUUUUAAUAAACUAUGUUUUGUUAG